AUGGGCGAUGCUUCCAUAUUGAUGAAAUUGCUUGGUUUUCUAUGGAUGAAUAUUGGAAUAGCAUUGAUCGCAAUCACCCUUCAGCAACCAGCCCAAACCCAGUUACAGAUGAACAAGACUGCUGAACUGUUGUUAGGUUACGACUUCUGUCAGAACUCAGUGGAUGAUCAGACCUGGAGGACUGCUCGAAUCAUGGUAGAUCGAACUCUGCACAACUCAAGCAAAAUAUAUUUUUUGCAGGCGUUUGCUAUUGAUCAACAUUUCCCGCAUAAGGUUCUUUUCAUUGCGCCAAACGAUCGGGCGCUUGAUGGUCUUAAUCAAAAAAUAUGGGAUUGA